CCUAGAAAAAGUGUCUGGGGCUAGGCCAGCGGGAGCCUGACGGCGUUUAGGGAGCGGUACUCGGCUUUGAGGCCUGUUCGUUGGUCCGACCCUGUUUAGGCCACCCCCGCGCGGCAAGGAUGCUCCUGGGGUUUCGGAGAGGCCGCAGGAGCCAGUUUAAACACAUCAUCCAUGGCAUUCUCCCUGCGGCCAGCAUUGCACCGAAGCCAGCUGUGCCCCGUACACCUCCUCCCCGCAGCCCCAACCCCUCUCCAGAGAGACCAAGGUCUGCUCUGGCUGCAGUCAUUCUGGCAACAACACUGACCGGCCGGACUGUUGCCAUUCCUCAGCCUCGCCAGAGAUCCCUGUCUGAGAGUGACACAACCUAUGUUGAGAAGGACGCUUUCAUUGAGCCCUAUGCCACCACCUCAGAGCUGAGGCUUCAACCAAAUUGGCAGAGUGAGAUGGGGAGAAGAACUUCUUUGCCAUCCUUUGAAAUGCUGGGCUACAGAGAGGAAGAGGACGCUGACACACUCAUGUCAUCCAGCUUCAAGGAGUCGGGGGAUCUUGGUGCCCACAAAGAUGGAGGUCUCACUGGGGCUGUGUAUGCUGUGCCACACAGAAAUCAGGUUCCAUUGUCACAUGAGGUGGACAGUGAAAAUGAGGAAAAUAUUUCUGAGCAAGAUGGGUUUCCAGGCUCACCUCUUACACCACAGCCUACACAAGAAAAAGAUGAUAAACAUUAUGUUCUGAAUUUAAAGGAUGAAAAGCCACCAUUUCAUGAAAAACCUCCACCCUGCCCAGAUGUAACUGGUAGAAUACGUCAAAGGUGUAUAGAUAUAACCAAAGAAAAGAUUGAGGAAUUAAAAGAAGAAAAUUUACAUCUAAACAAUACAAAUCAAACCCUUACCCUAGAACUUAACAUAAUAAAACAAUCAAUGAAAGAGCUACAAUUAAAACUUAAAAGAAUGGAAAAAGAAAAUGGAAAGCUGAAAGAGGCUGACAAAGCAUCCUCUCAAGAAGUAGUGGGUGCACCUGAAUUACUUUAUUUAAGAAAACAAGCUCAAGAACUGGUGGAUGAAAAUAAUGGGCUGAAAAUGACUGUCCAUCAUUUGAAUGUGGAACUGAGUAGAUAUCAAACAAAAUUCAGGCAUUUAUCCAAGGAAGAGAGUUUAAAUAUCGAUGGUCUCCCAUCAAAGGGCCCUAUACCACCCUGGUUGUUGGAUAUGAAGUACCUGUCACCCUUAUUGCUGGCUUAUGAAGACAGAAUGAAAGAGAAGGACGAGCUCAAUGCCACACUUCAGGAGGAAAUGAGAAUGUUUAGGAUGCGAGUCCAAGAAGUGGUAAACGAAAAUGAAGAAUUGCACCAAGAGUUAAAUAAGAGUAAUCGUGUUACCAGUGAGGAAUGGCAAGUGCUUCAGACACAGGCAGAACUUGUUUUGGAGGAGAACAAGUUGUUAAUAGAGCAGUUGGAAAUUCAGCAAAGAAAAGCCAAGGAUACCCACCAGGAGCGCCUCCAGGAAGUUUCUAAACUGACUAAGCAACUGAUGCUUCUGGAGACAAGAACACAGAGCCAAGAAAAGGAGCUCACUGAAAACAAGGAGCAGUUGGAAAUUUUACGUACCAAAUGCCAAGAAUUAAAAACACAGUUGGAUGGCAAAAUUUCAAUGCAAGUUCAUGCUUCAAUUGUAAAUGAAUUGAAAAGCCAGUUGCAAAAGGAAGAAGAGAAAGAAAGUGCUGAGAUGGAAGAGUUGAUGGAAAAGUUGGCAGCCUUGCAGGUGCAGAAGAAGAGCCUGAUGUUAGAGAAGAACAGCCUGAUGGCUAAAAACAGAGCGCUGGAUGCUGAACUUGAAAGGGCACAGAAAAUAAAUCGGAGAUCUCAAAAGACAAUGGAUGUCCUCAAAAAGCAGGUGGAAAAAGCCAUGGAGAAUGAAAUGUCCGCUCACCAGUACCUGGCCAAUCUUGUUGGCGUGGCAGAGAGCAUAACCCAGGAACGUGACAAUCUUAGGUGUCUGGCCAAAUAUUUAGAAAGUCAGAAGCAUGGAGUUCUCAACAAAAUGAUAGGAGACAGUACUCGCUUGGGAAGGUUAGAGGAAAAAGUCAAGGGGUACAAGAAGCAGGCGGCACUGAAACUAGGUAACAUUAGUCACCAUCUGAUAGAGCAGCAGGAAGACUUUGCUAGCAAGACAGCUCAGUACCAGCAGGAGAUGAGGCACCUCCAUCGGAUUCUUCAGGACAAGCAGGAUGUCUUGGAUGAGGCGCUGCAGCAGAAAAGAGAAAUGGAAGGCGAGCUUGAAGUUGUGUGGGAGUCUACCUCCAAGGAAAACCGAAGAAUCCGAGAACUUCUCCAGGCCACGCUGGCAAGGACAGGCAUGUGGGAACACACCAGGGCUUUGGAGGACCCCUGCCUUGAUGGCCUCCCUCAGGGAGAUGUGCUGAAUGAGUGCAGCACCAGCUGCUGUGACACGAAGCUGCCUCCUGCCACCCGCCAGCGUCUGCAGGAGCCCGUGGGCGAGGGCUCCCGGGCCUGAGAGGCCUGCCCCCCAGGAGAGGGGACAGCCAGGGGAAGGGCAAACUCCCUCCAACCACCACAGCAUUUUUUCUCCUUACGGCAAGGAGGAAAUAAACUGUCUUGGAAAUUUA